AUGGCCAGCACUGUCGGACAGACCAUCACUUGCAAGGCCGCCGUUGCCUGGGGCGCCGGAGAGCCCCUCUCCAUCGAGGACAUCGAGGUUGCGCCCCCCAAGGCCAACGAAGUCCGUAUCCAGGUCCACCACACCGGUGUCUGCCACACAGAUGCCUACACGCUCUCCGGAAAGGAUCCCGAGGGUGCUUUCCCCAUCGUCCUGGGUCACGAGGGUGCCGGUAUCGUCGAGUCGAUCGGUGAGGGCGUCACCUCCGUGAAGCCCGGCGACUUCGUCGUUGCUCUCUACACCCCCGAGUGCCGCGAGUGCAAGUUCUGCAAGUCCGGCAAGACCAACCUCUGUGGUAAGAUCCGUGCCACCCAGGGUAAGGGUGUCAUGCCCGACGGCACCUCCCGCUUCAAGGCCCGCGGCAAGGACCUGCUCCACUUCAUGGGCACCUCGACCUUCUCCCAGUACACCGUCGUGGCCGACAUCUCGGUCGUGGCCGUGACGCCCAAGAUCCCCACCGACCGAUCCUGCCUGCUAGGCUGCGGUAUCACCACCGGAUACGGCGCCGCCGUGGUCACCGCCGGCGUCGAGGAGGGGUCCAACAUCGCCGUCUUCGGAGCCGGCUGUGUCGGUCUCUCCGUCAUCCAGGGUGCGGUCAAGAACAAGGCCGGCAAGAUCAUCGUGGUGGACGUCAACGACGGCAAGGAGGCCUGGGGCCGCAAGUUCGGCGCCACCCACUUCGUCAACCCCACCAAGCUCCAGGGCAAGACGAUCCAGGAGGAACUGAUCGAGAUGACCGACGGCGGCUGCGACUACACCUUCGACUGCACAGGUAACGUGGGCGUGAUGCGCGCUGCGCUGGAGGCCUGCCACAAGGGCUGGGGUGAGAGUAUCAUCAUCGGUGUUGCUGCUGCUGGACAGGAGAUUUCGACCCGACCAUUCCAACUCGUCACCGGCCGUGUAUGGAAGGGUUGCGCCUUCGGCGGUAUCAAGGGCCGCACUCAGCUCCCCGGUCUGGUCGACGACUACCUGAACGGCCAGCUGAAGGUGGACGAGUUCAUCACGCACCGCGAGCCUCUGGACCAGAUCAACACUGCCUUUGAGCAGAUGAAGCAGGGCGACUGCGUCCGCUGCGUUGUUGACAUGUCGUAG